AGCACUGCAGUUGGUGUAUAUUUACUACCAAUGGAGGUGUUUUAAAUUGAUAUGCUCUAAUUCACAGUGUAGUCGUCAUUAGAUAAUCGAGCUAAAUAAACAUUAUUAAUCCUGACUUUUUGACAACAUCGAUUAAUCAACUAUAUCAGAAAGCUUUAGAUAGAGACCAAUCUUCCAGUUGGUGCUUUGAGCGCGUUAAGAACAACGGGUGGCGCACAGUCGCCCGUCAUUCAGAAGAUGACUACUCUCAAACCAAAACAGAGGGGGAUAUAAAGCAUUACUGCGGAAUACCAAGGAUUUGACCUGUUGCCAGAGCGUUAAAAGAAAGGAAGAUUAAGGAACUUGCCAAAAGCAAGACCUCUUCUCUGUUAUGUCUGUCUCCUCUUUACCGGAAUGGAAACAACUCCUGCUGGAGAGAAAAAGGAGGGAGGAGGAGGAGCGAGAGAAGAGAGAAAAAGAGGAGGAGGACAAACUCACCAGCAUGCCUGCCUGGAAGCGAGGGAUCAUCCAGAGGAGGAGAAUGAAACAGGAGAGUUUCGGGGACAAGGAGAGGGAGGGCCCCCUCCAAGUCAAGGAGGGCAGGCCCACCUCUGAUCCUGCGAGUGACCUGGACAGCUCCACACUAGUGCAGCUGAGAAGUGAACCACCACUCAGCCCAGACAUCACAGGGCCUUGGCUGGAUGAAGAGGCUAAACCGCCGAGUCUGGUGUUAAAGGAGACCAUCAUCCCUGUCGGACAAAACUCAUUCAUUCGCACACAUGGCGGAUGGAGGAGGGGAAGAGAAGCAGAGAGGGCUGGGGAAAUGGGCCACGAGAAAGGGAAUGAGCAGGAUAUAGAAGUAGGGAGAGAGAGGGAAAAGGAGAAAGAAAGAGGCCACGUCAAAGGUCAUGAUGGAGAGUCUGGGAAGGGAAGAGAUAUACAAAUAGAGCGAUACAGGGACAGGAGUGGGGGCAGAGAAAGGGACAGAAGUGACAGGAGAGAGGCUAGCAGGGAUACUGUGAGAGACAGGGAAAGGGAUUGCCCAAGGGGGAGAAAAGAGGAGGAGAGGGAGGAGGGAGACUCAGAUUCUCCAACCCCCAAGUACCCCUAUCCACUAGUCCCAGGCCUUCGUACCAUCAGAGCAGACAACAUCAUCAUUAUUGAACAGGACAGAAAGGGAAGUGAUGAAAGGAGGAGUAGAAGGAGAGAGUGGGAGAGGAAGGUAAUGGAAGAGAAGCAGGAAAGUAGAGAUGUAAAGAUGGACCUCAAGGAGUUUCUGGCUGGUGGAGGGAGUGUCACAGAGAUCCGAGCAUCAGAAAUAUUGAUAAUUAAACCCUUAGCUGGCACUGAGGACUCAAGAAGUGGAGGUCUAAAAGGGACAGGCAGGGAAGGAGAUGGAGAAAGAGGGAGAGAUGCCAAGUGCAAUAAAGAUGGAGGGAAGGACUGUGAGAGGCAGCUGGAGAGAGAGGUGGCAUGGUUGAUGAUGAAAGAUAAAGAGAGGGAAAACUUGAGGGAGAAAGACCGACCACGGAUACAAGUAGCUUCUUCAGAAAAAGAGGAUAGGAGAUAUGGUGACACAGAUGACAGUAUCCACAACGAGAGAGGAGUUAGGGUGAGUGAGCUGCUGAGUAAAUUUGGGGAGCAUACAAAGAAAUUCAGAGAACAUCCAAAACCCCCGUCUCGGUCUAAAAGCUCAGAAUGUUUCAUCCGGCCUGGCAGGGACAGAGAAACGUUUUGUCUGGAAGAGGACGAUGAUGGAGACAGGAGAGGGGAGGAGAAACAUGCAGUAUUCAGGGGUGUGCCCAAGCGGUCAUUCAGUUUCACUGACCGUGUGAUAUGCGCAAAGGAGAAUGGCAUGCAGGAUGAGGGGAACCAUGAUAGGAAGGUGGUGGAGAGGACAUAUUCAGACAGGAGGGUGGCAGCAAGGGGAGAUGUAGUGGAGGGGGAAUGGUCAGAGAGGGGAGGCAAGCAGGGGUGCUGGACCUGGCUUUCAGAUAAAGAGCGGGCAGGGAAGCAUGGAGAGGGAUGCAUAAAAGCAGACAGGGCGGUAGGGGGACAGCAUGAGAGACAGCCUGCUUUGGAAAGUAACACCGGGAAAGAGAUUGACCGUUGGAUCGAGAGAGUAACAGGAGUGGAGUUAGAUUUUAGUAACAAGGGGACAGAGGAACUAACAGAGAAUAUGUAUGGGGAGGUAGGGUUUACAAUGGCCUCAGUUAAAAACACAGAGGCCUCAUUUGCGCGAAGAGUGCCCAUCAAACAUGAUGGGCGAGAGAGAGCAGUGGAAAGAGAGGUAAAGCAAACGAGAGAAGAAAGCGAGAGAGGGAUGGACAGGGCGAGGAGCAAAGAGAGAGAGGGGGUGGAUGGAAGACAGGCAGAACCUCAAGUGCGAGAGAGAAAGGGGUCCGACUUUAGGAGAGGAUCAGAUUCAAGGCACAUGAAGAGGGUAUCAGAGGUAAGGGACUGCACCAUUUCAGUUGAAACAACUCAGCAAAACUGUGUCAUCACCCUCUCCGUAGACAGAGCCAGUCCUCCUCAGUCUGUCGAUAGUCAUUACAAACAUGUGUCAGCAUUUACAGAGUGCUCAUCAACUUUGCUCAGCACUGUGGCACAUAAAGGAACAGAUUGGCAUAGUAGUCAAGGAGCACUGGGGCACCAUUCAACCCAGUCACCACUGUCACAGCACACAGAGGAUCUCAUCAACAAGAUAGAGAGAGUGGGGGGGACUGUGAAUGAACGUGACAAUCACAAAGGGACCCAAACAUUGAUGCAGGAUAGCAAAGGCGUGAUGAGGGAGGACACAGAGACUGAGAGAGGGAGCAAAGCUUAUAGGAAGCCAGGUGAGGUAAGCAAGGACACUACACAUCCACCUGGCGCACACGUGCGCAGUCAUGUUUAUCCCAAAAAGUCAGUUCAGGAAGUGACCCCUAAGUGUCCUAAGUCUCCAAAGCGCGUUGCCUCAGUUGGAAUCCCUCCAAUGCCACUUGAGAUACACAUACCCAGAACAGUGUUCUAUGGUGUGGGGGAGCCAAGCCUCCAAAGCAAAUACAACCAGAGCUGCGAAGGAGAGGGAGGGAAAGGUGUGGAGAGGAAGAACAGUUGGAGGAUCGGCAAGCCCUUGUCUCACAUCGAAUCCUUGCGAGAGAAAAUCCAACAGAGAGAGAAGGGGAGGCUGUGGAACAUGGAGGGAGUGGCAGCGAUGGGGGAUGAUGGAGAUGCGACUGAGGGGACAGAAAAGGCUGGGACUAGAAGGACUAGAAAAGCUUCAAGUUCAGACUGGUGUGAGGAAGGAGAGAUGGGGAACGAAAUGGAGCGAGAGAGACAGAGACAGGAAGGCUCCGCACCGCAGACAACAUCCACUCAGUUUGACGUCACACAGGAAGUGAGCGUGUCGAAAGCCGUCUCCCAGCUUCCUGUUCCUCUCUCAUUCUCGCAAGCUGUCAAAGGAGAGAAAGAAACCGGGGGGAACUCCAUCGCAGCCUGUGAAGUAGCCUUGUUCAGCUGUCACACGACUGAGAUAGAGGAAGAUCCAACCAAACAUGUACUAGCGGAGUUACGGUGCGACAGGGGUCGGCAGAGGAAACAGAACACCGGAGGCAGAGGAGAAGAAGGAGAGGAUAAACUCUCGGAGGAAGAAUACAGGCUGCAUUAUCUAUCUCCUUCACACUCUCCCGUGCCCUUAGACUCUCUCUCCCCCUCUCUGCUUCACCCUCCCUCUCUUGCUGAGAUGAGCCGGAUCUAUAACUUGAAAACGGUGGGGUCCAGGACGGCGUUGUGCAUGAGUGACAGGACCGUGGAUAGGCCUAUCCCGUCACACACUCCGAAGGUACAGUCCCACAUAUCCGCAGAACAACAGGAGCCAUGCAGUCCAGAGAUAUCAGUUGGGAGGCUGACACAGAAGAAGCUGUGGGGUGGUGGUGGGGCAUCUGGGAAUAAAGCCUCUUCCAGCGAUGAGAAGUUCGGACUUCAGACUGUACAGCGUCAGGUGGAACAGCUUCAGUUGCGAGAACAACAGGAAGUACAGAGACUAUCACAUGAUGACAACUCAGCACGGUCGUCUUUUGGACAAAAUAAUAAUUUGAAAGAUAAAGAGUCUAAAGCUCAGCAAAGCCCUAGGAUAUCACACAACCAGCCUAAUAAGGAACCUCAGCAGGAGCAUCCAAGGCAAAAGGACCAUCAAACAAUCCUAAGUCCCAGAAAAUCUCAGUCCAAUCUGCAACUGCACUCUGAAAGGCCUCCUCAACCCAUGCAGGCCCAGUCCAACCAACCCAAACAGGCCCGAUCCAUUACCAUCAACUCCAGAUCUCUCCUGACCCCCUCUCCUGAGAACUCAUUACACCCAGACCAGGGAGUCCCAACCACCCAAUCAGCUUCCCCAUCCCAGUCCCCCUCCGUCUCUCCCUCCCCUUCUCCGACCCAUUUCACCAUCAGAAGCCUCUCUGGAGGCCAGCAGGUCAAGAGGGGCACCACCAUCACCAUCACCCCCAGGAAGCCUGUUGGAGGGGCAGCCGUGGAAGCAGUUUCAGUAUCCUCAGGACCCCUGGCCAAUACGUCUGCCCAGUCCCAGAUGCCUGUCCUAACCGAGGAAGUAGAGAGAGGCAAGAAGAGGUACCCCACUGCGGAGGAGAUCGAAGUGAUCGGCGGGUAUCAGAACCUGGACAAGUCCUGCCUGGUCAAGACUUCCAAAGCAUCUCCCAAAGGGGUGAAGGUGUGCUUCGACGAGACCCAGCUGGAGCAGGUGUGUGAGUACCCAUCAGAGACCUCCAUGUUUGACUCCACCCACUACCCCUUACUUGGUCAGGAGAAAGGGAGGGAGGAGGAGGUGCAGGAGGAAGAGGAGGAGGAGAGAGGAGUGCUUGUGUCCAGGAGCAGCAGGAAUGUGGGGGCAGCAGCUGGCCUGAGAGUGAUGAGAGUGGGUCAGUAUAUGUCACUUCCUUACAAAUACACUACAUGACCAAAAGUAUGGGCAUUAAUAUGGAGUUGAUCCCCCCUUUGUUAUUAUAACAGCCUUCACUCUUCUGGGUAGGCUUUCCACUAGAUGUUGGAACAUUGCUGCAGGGACUUGCUUCCAUUCAGCCACAAUAGCAUUAGUGCGGUCGGGCACUGAUGUUGAAUGAUUAGGCCUGGCUCGCAGACGGCGUUCCAAUUCAUUCCAAAGGUUUUCGAUGGGGUUGAGGUCAGGGCUCUGUGCAGGCGAGUCAAGUUCUGCCACACCGAUCUCAGCAUUUCUGUAUGAACCUUGCUUUAUGCACAGGGGCAUUGUCAUGUUGAAACGGGAAAGGGCCUUCCCCAAACUGUUGCCACAGAGUUGGAAGCACAGAAUCAUCUAGAAUGUCAUUGUAUGCUGUAGCGUUAAAAUUACCAUUCACUGGAACUAAGGGGCCUAGCCUGAACCAUGAAAAACGGCCCCAAACCAUUAUUUCUCCUCCACCAAACUUUACAGUUGGCACUAUGCAUUGGGUCAGGUAGCGUUCUUCUGGCAUCUACCAAACCCAGAUUCAUCCAUCGGACCUCCAGAUGGUGAAGCAUGAUCACUCCAGAGAGUGCGUUUCCCAUGCUCCAGUCUAAUGGCUGCAAGCUCUACACCACUCCAGCCAACGCUUGGCAUUGCACAUGGUGAGCUUAGGCUUGUGUGUGGCUGCUCCGCCAUUGAUACCCAUUUCAUGAAGCUCCUGACGAAAAGACGUUGCUUCCAGUAUCAGGAAUCAAGGUAAGAUGCAGACAUGUCGAAUUGACAAUGGUUUAAUAUUCCAACAGGGGCAGGCAAUAGACAGAUCAAGGCAGGGGUCAGUAAACCAGAGGUGGGGCAACAGUACCGGACGGCAGGCAGGCUCAGGGUCAGGGUAGGCAGAGGUCAACAAUCCAGAGGUGGGGCAAAGGUACAGGUCAGCAGGCAGGCUCAGCGUCAAGGGCAGGCAGAGUGGUCAGGCAGGUGGGCUCAGAGUCAGGACAGGCAAGGGUCAAAACCAGGAGGGCGAGAAAAAGGAGAGACUGGAAAAAACAGGAGCUGAGAAAAAACGCUGAUUGACUUGACAAACUAGACGAACUGGCAAUGGACAAACAGAGAACACAGGAGACAAAGGGCUGUGAGACAUAGGUUUGACUCUGGACACAUGAAAGGUGGGAUGUAUACGAAGAGUACUGGGCAACAGAAGACUAACAGCAGAGGGGCUAAUAAUCUUGGAGAUGGGAAAUGGACCGAUAAACCAGGGAGAGAGUUUUCCGGAUUCCACCCGGAAGGGCAGAUCCCGGGUGGAUAACCAUACCUUCUGCCCGAGACGAUACCGGGGGGCCGGGGUCCGAUGGCGAUCCGCCUGUUGUUGAUACCUGGAGGUGGUCUUGAGGAGGGCCGACUGGGAUUUCCUCCAGGUACGACGACAGCGGCGGACAAACAUCUGGGCAGAAGGUACACUGACCUCUUCCUCCUGCUCGGGAAAGAGCAGGGGAUGAUAUCCCAAGGAACACUCAAUCGGAGAUAGGCCCAUGGCAUAGCAGGGAAGGGUGUUGUGGGCGUACUCAACACACACUAGCUGCUACCUCCAGGAGGUGGGAUUGGCGGAGACCAGGCAGCGCAGAGUAGUCUCAAGAUCCUGGUUGGCUCGCUCCGACUGGCCAUUGGACUGGGGGUGGAACCCAGAAGUCAGGCUGGCCGACAACCCAAUGAGGGCACAGAGCACUUCCAGAACCUGGACAAGAACUGAGGCCCCCAGUCAGAGACCAUGUCCGCGGGCAGUCCAUGGAUCCGGAAGAGGUGCUGCACCAUGAACUGGGCCUUCUCCUUGGCCGAGGGUAGUUUAGGGAGAGGGAUGAAGUGAGCGGCCUUGGAAAACUGCUCAACCACAGUCAGGAUGGCAGUGUUGCCCUCAGACGGGGUAAGACCCAUGAUGAAAUCCAGGGAUAUGUGGGACCAGGAUCGGUGAGGGGCAGGCAGUGGUUGCAGAAGACCAGCCGGGGCUUGCCGAGGAGUCUUAUUUUGAGCACAGACCGUGCAGGCGUAUACAAACGCGGCGACAUCCGGAACCAUCAUAGGCCACCAAAAGCAUUGUCGUAUGAAGGCCAGGGUCCGACGGGACCCCGGGUGGCAGGCAAGCCUGGAGGAAUGGGCCCACUCCAGGACCGCAGAGCGGACAGCAUCAGGCACAAACAUCCGAUUAUCAGGGGCCCCCAGGAUUCGGCUAGGACCGCUGCACCUCUCAGACCUGUUUCCAUAUACCCCAGUUGAGUGCUGUCACCAAGCACGAGGUGGGAAGGAUGGUCUCAGGCUCCGGGGUGGUACCCGUGGGGCUAUAGCAGCAGGAAACUGCAUUCGGCUUGACAUUCUUGGAUCCCAGCAUUACGAGAGGGAAAAGUUGAACCGUAUGAACAGCAGGGCCCAUCUGGCUUGCCUGGAGUUGAGGCUCUUGGCGGUGUGGAGAUACUCCAGGUUGCUGUGGUCGAUUCACAGGAUGAAUGGGUGUUCCGCCCCCUCCAGCCAGUGCCUCCAUUCCUCCAACGCCAUCUUCACCGCGAGAAGCUCACGAUUCCCCACAUCGUAGUUCUUUUCCGUGGCGUUGAGACGGUGUGAAAAGAAGGUGCAGGGAUGUAGCUUGAGGUCCAGGGCAGAAUGCUGGGACAGGACCGCCCCCACUCCGACAUCAGAAGCAUCGGCCUCCACCACAAACUGGUGGGAAGUGUCCGGAUGAACCAAGAUGGGAGCUGUGGUGAAGUGAUGUUUGAGGUCCCGGAAUGCCCGGUCAGCAGCUGGAGACCACGUGAAUUGAACCUUGGGCGAGGUGAGUGCAGACAGGGGGGAAGUCAGGGUGCUGUAACCCCCAGAUAAAGCGGCGAUAGAAGUUGGCAAACCCCAUGAAGCAUUGCAACUGCAGCCUGGAAGUAGGCUGGGGCCAAUCCACCAUCACUCUCACCUUCCCGGGAUCCAUUUUCACACUCCCUGCAACGAUGAUGAAACCCAGAAAAGAGAUGGUGGAACGAUUGAACUCACACUUCUCUGCUUUUACAAACAGCUGGUUCUCCAGGAGGCGUUGGAGAACCUGUCAGACGUGGAGCACAUAUUCUUGGCUGGAACGGGAGAAGAUGAGGACAAAGACAAACCGGUUCAACAUGUCCCGGAGAACGUCAUUGACCAGACACUGGAACACAGCAGGGGCAUUGGUAAGGCCAAAUGGCAUGAACAGAUACUCGUAAUGACCACAGGCCGUGUUGAAGGCGGUCUUCCACUCGCAAGGUGGGAUCCCUGGGCGUGCAAGCAAAAUCCAAUUUCCUCUACCUCCGUUGUUCCCGUAAUCACCCAUCGAUACGGAUGGUCAAAGCGAUGAGGGAAUCAAGCUCCGUAGGUAACUACCGGGCUGCAAGCUCAUCCUUGACCUCCUCCGAGACGCCGUGCAGGAACAUAUCGAACAGUGCCUCUUGAUUCCAAGCACUCUCCGCUUGUUCCAACACAGCAGUAGCCCAGGUGAGAGCCCUCCCGGUCAUCAGCGUGAUGAGGUAGGCUAUCUUGGAGCGAUCCGAGGGGAAGGAGGAGGGCUGAAGCUUGAAGACGAGGACACACUGAGCUAGGAUCGCCCGACAGGUGCUUGGCUCUCCAUUGAAGCGUUCCGGAGGAGGUAAGUGGGGCUCCCGAGAAGGUGGAGUGAUCGAUGAGACGCCGCUGCUAGUACUUCGCGGCUGAGCUGUUGUUGCUUCUAGACAUUUCCACUUCACAAUAAAAGCAUUUACAGUUGACCAGGGCAGCUCUAGCAGGGCAGAAAUUUGAAGAACUGACUUUUUGGAAAACAUGACUGCCAUGUUGAAAGUCACUGAGCGCUUCAGUAAGGCCAUUCUACUGCCAAUAUUUGUCUAUGGAGAUUGCAUGGCUGUGUGCUCGAUUGUAUACACCUGUCAGCAACGGGUGUUGCUAUAAUAGCCCGAAUCCACUCAUUUGAAGGUGUGUCCACAUACUUUUGUAUUUGUAGUGCAGUUGAAUACCUGUGCAAACCAUUGCAAAACAUUCUGCAACGAAACCAAGUGUUUCUUAUUGGACAAGUCCAGGUUAGUCCCUCUCAGUUUUCGCCCUUCUGCAUCCGUUUUGUUUCCAGUGAAUACACCCCUCAGUCAUGAAAUGUGGUUGUCCAGUCUGAAUUGUGUCUCAUAACUCCUCUUUAUCUCUUUAUUUUACAGAUGAGUCUUGCCAUCGAUAGACAUCAGUCGGUUCGCCAAAUUGCUCAAGUUAUGUGGUUAAGAUUUGAUUUAUCUUGCAAUAUGACUUUUAUUUUCCUGUAUUUUGUUUCUUUGAAAUUAUUCAUUUAAUGUUUGUAAUCUUUUUUGAUGUACAAUGUUUUAUUUUACAUAGGAUCAGGGACUAUUGGUUUUGAUAACAGUUUUAUGUAGUUUGUGAGAUGAAUGUGUAACGAUGUGCGCUGAGAGUCGGGAAGCAAAUUCAGGGAGUGAGUGUUUUAAUAAAUAAACGCAACAUAAUACAUACCAAGAAACACGAACAACGCACAGACAUGAAACAGAAACAAUAACGCCUGAGGAAGGAACCAAAUGGAGUGACAUAUAUAAGGAACGUAAUCAGGGAAGUGAUGGGGUCCAGGCGUGUCUGAUGAUGCGCAGGUGCGCGUAACAAUGGUGACAGGUGUGCGCCAUAACGAGCAGCCUGGUGUCCAACAGGCUGGAGAGGGAGCACACGUGACAGAAUGGUGGAGCCUCAACUCCUCUAUUUCAGGGUAAAAGUGUAAAGACAAUAUGAAAACAUGGUACAUAUUGUAGCCUAUACGUUUUACUAUAUACACUUGUUGUAUUUUUACUGUCAGGUGUGUACUAUUGGGUGAUGAUCACACGUCUAUGCAAGUUAGUGGAUUACAAAUGUAUGGUAAAAAGGGUCCGGUCAGUUUAGUUUUAGUUAGCUUAGUUCAACAACACAACGUCUCUACUGUAUAUAAACUCUGCAUCAGCACUGUAACGAUUCAAUGUGCAUUCCAAAUGACACCCUAUUCCCGAUAGGGCUCUGGACAAAAGUAGUGCACUAUGUGCCCUGGUCAAAAGUAGUGCACUAUAAAGGGAUUAGAAUGUCAUUUUGGACGCAUCCUCAAUGAAGCUUACAGUAUAUCAUCUGGUCCCUGUGCCUGCUGGAUUUGCUCAUACAGAUGAUAUAAAGAACAGGUCAUCUACAAGUCCAAGAUUAAUUUUGAGCCUUGUGAACACCCCUCAUAUGUAGUUUCUGGCAAACCAUGGCUAUAUGUAACAUCAUGACAAUUCUCUUUUAUUCAAUUACUGUUUCUGUUUGAACCACAAAAUGGAUUUCAGCUAGCCUUAAUGCAGAUUAUUGAAAACACUGAUGAUACGUUAUGGAAUAAUCACCAAUAGACAUUAUUAUAAUAUAUUUUUUUAUGUUUCACUGUUUGCCCUUUAGUGGAAUUAAUGUGGUAGAAUGAAAAAGAGUAGUAUAUCUGCUGUAUCUAUACUAAUGUGACUGCACAGUUUUGAAUGGAAAAGGUAUUAUGUUUGUGACUCUGGUGUUAUUGUGUGAGACUACAGCACAUGGGUGAUGUGGGUGAAAACAUGAUUUAAGGGAUGUUUACAACAUUUAAUGCAUAGAAUGGUCCUUUGGAGGAAGGAUUGGUGACAUAUAUUUGGCAUUUGUAUCUAAAAGCAUAAUUGAGAAAUAAUUCAUCAAAGUUGGAAUAUUUAUGAAAUGUUGGUUUUACACAGGUCUCUUUUAAGACCACUUAUGUUAAUCUGUAGGUGCUACAAAGCAAACAUUGGUGGCAUAUGAAGCUUUACCGCUUGCUCUGUAAUGUGGUUAGUAUUUUGUUUUCAAUAACAAUUUUCUUGCAUUAAUUUAUGAAUACCGAAGAAUAAGUAUAUUUUUUGAUUUAGCAAUUUUUUAUAUAUAUUGUUGAACGUAAUAUACUCUAUGGACAUAUCAAAGUUCUCUGCUACUUUUAGAAUUAUUAUCCAAUUUGUAAGCAUUAAGAACAGAGUGAAUGUGAAAAUGGAUUCAAAAUGGUUGCCCUGUGCUGGUGAUUUGCAGGAUGUACAAUAUGUUGAAAAAUUGCCAAAUAUUUUUUUCUAUAUUCUAUAUUCUUGUUUAUAUUAUAUUCAUUAAUUUAUGUAAGAAAAUUGUUAUUGAAAUCAAAAUAUCACUCAUGUUUCAAAGUAAGCGGUAAAGAUUUAUUAGACAGGUUUUUGUAGCACCUACAUAUGAAACAUUAUGGCAUCUGAAAGGAGGCCUGGGUAAGGCCAAAAUGUAAUAAAUAUGACUACUUCGAUUAAUUAUUUCUCAAUUCUGCUUUUAAAUACAAAUGUCAAAUAUAUGUCAAUCAUCCUUCCUCCAAAGAAGCAUUCUAUGGAUUAAAUGUUGUGAAAAUCUCCCAAAUCAUGGUAUUUUUUCAUCCUGGUUUUGUGAGGAAUCACCGACAUCCCAAAUAAGGGCACAAACGAUAUAAUGGCUCCAUGGGAUGCUGUCAUCUCAAUUUUAGGUGCUCUUUUUUGAUGAAAAAUAAUCUAAAUGAAGAAUAUCAAAUUGAUGGUAUAUCUGAUUUAUGCUCCCACGAGUGCAAUUUUAAUACUUGGUUUUAUUCUGUUUUCUAUUGUGGUCGAAGAAGCUGGCUUCAUGAGAGAAAAACAUCAAAUAAAUUAUUUGAAACUAA